AGCAAAGUGUGUGAUAAUUUUUACCAAAAAUUGGUGCUACUGUGAAUUCUGUGGUCAAAUUUUACUAAGAUUCACUCCUUCUGGCAAGCCGGUUGUUGAUGAGUCAUAAAAAAACAGUAGUUGCUACAUAUCGGAAAACGAGUUUCAUUUUUUAGAAGACCACGUUCUGUUUAGUGUGCGUGUAUAUGUAUGAGCUUCUUACCUGCACUCGAUCGUGCGCCAAGAAAAAUCUACCUGGAUAACCGGAUAAAGUGUUGGAGUAGCUAAUAUCCUGCUCUAACGAAAAUCUUAUUCUGCGUGAAAUAGUGAAAUGCCAUCCAUCACGGUAAAGGACGUUGAUCAGCACGAGUUCGUGGUCGGUAUGGCCGCGUUCCUCAAAAAGUCUGGCAAAGUAAAUGUUCCAGAGUGGACGGAUAUUGCCAAAACUGGAAUCUACAAAGAGUUGUGCCCUAAUGACCCCGACUGGUUUUACAUACGCUGUGCUGCACUUUUGCGCCAGCUUUACACGCGUGGCCAGAUCGGUAUUGGUCGCCUGACCCAGGUAUAUGGUGGACGUUAUCGUCGUGGAGUGCGUCCAUCACACUUUUGCCACGCCUCGACCUCCGUCAUUCGGAAGGCUCUGCGCGCCCUCGAACAAAUGAAGCUCGUCGAGAAAGAUACUGGCGAUAAGGGUGGACGUCGCCUGUCCAAGCAAGGCCGCAGGGACUGUGAUCGUAUUGCUGCCCAGGUCGAAAAAAAAUCGACUAUGCUCGUUGGAAAGUAGUUCCCCCGUUGUCCAUCUCCGGGUGAAAUAAACUGCAAAAAAAUAAACAAGUGUUUUCAGUUCAGGAGUGUAAAACAAGUCGCUAGGUUUUCAUAAUGACCAAUAACUAAUUAUUGUGGAUUAACAGGAAACGAGAGAAUCAGUUGUUGGCCAUCCUAACAGGCAGACUUGUAAAAAAAAAACGCCCAAAAGUUAACGUUUUCGGGGUACAGCUUCGCCUGUCUAGAUGUUACUAAUAAAUCGUACUUCGGGUAUAUGAAAGUUUGUGAUUCUAGUGUGUGUUAAUCAGCUCUUAUGGAUUUAAUUACCCUAAAAUUGUUGCGACUUGUACGUUUAUAAUGAGUAUAAAAAUUUCCAUUGUAAAUUUUCAUAAAUUUACAAACAUACAAGUCAGAGAUCGUACCAAUGUGCACCUCUCCAGCAAGACUGGAACGAGUUUGAACAGCAUUUAAAUUUUUCUAUCCAUUGUAGGAUUGUUAGAGAUCUUGCACACUUAUCGAGUCUUCAACGCCCGGUAGCUGUAAUCUGAGUUUAUUUUUUACUCUACCAGAUUUAUAUUUCUUAAAUAAAUUUACAUAUCCGCUUUUUUAAACUAGUAGAACCUUACAGGACUGUAGAACUGAAUAGUAAAUAUUGAGCUCGAGCUUCUGGUUCUUAUCGAUAAGAAUUAGAUCAGUUUUUUGCUAUUGCGUUAGACGUCAAGCAGAUCUCCAUUAUACGAUAGUACUGUGCUGCCCGUGGGGUAUUUUCAAAACAACAUUACUACCGCGUUGCUGCUAAGCAGCAUAGUUAAGUGUAGACACGAUUAGAAAUACUGUACGAGCGCUUUAAUCAGCACUUCAUGCCUCACGGUUUGACAAGCAAACGUGUUAGCUAGCCUAAAGGUUAAGGUUAAUCAGACACUCGGAUAUAAAUACGUUUGUAUGCCAUUUGCUAAUUUAAUUUGAUUGACAUUACAUUUGACUACAGCACCGGUCCCAUGCAAUGCGGUAUUACAACACAACUUGUAAUACACUUAAGACAACCAAUACUAGCUGUGUGUGCAUCACCAUCUGUGUAUAAUGACGAAUAUAGUCAUCCAUUGUACGACAGAAUAGUUUUUAGGGAAUAGCUGAUAAAGUUCCAAAAUAAACGGGUAAAAGCGACAUCAUUGUUCCCUUCA